CUAAUUUUUAAUGUUGGCAAUGUCUUAGUGAGGAAAGGAGUACAACCAAUCCAUCCCUCUCCUCAUUUUCUACUCUCUUGUCUUUUUGUUAACCAACACUAACAUUUAACAAGGCAACAUUAACCAUAUUUUAUUCAUAGUUCUACAGUUCCCUGAGUAUAUCCUAUACUCAUUAACAAUAUUAAAAUGUAUAGAAAAAAGGAGACUGUGGUGGGAUGAUGAUGGUGAUUACAUGUGAAACUAAGCAUUUUAGCCUUUUGAGGAGAAAGUGGGUUAUAUAUUUAUCUUUUUUAUAGCUUUCAAACACCCAAGAAUCCCUCCCUUUUUGGAGUUCUUAGCCUAUUAACUUUGUCUUUGCAGUAAAACCCAAGAUUUUUUUUCAGAAUAAGAUUGAUUUACUUGUGAGAGAAUUCUUGGGUUUGUUUUAUUUUUUAAGGUAGACAAAAUGCCCAAAAGCUUUUCCACUGUUGUACUCCUCCAGAUGUUUCAUGUUCUCAUCUAAAGUUCUAAACAAAAAGUAUCGGAUUAUUGAAGGAAUCAAAUUUAGGUUUGUCAUCCAUUGAACCAAGAAUUCAAGUUUGAAAAUGGGAGUUCCCGCUCAACGUUAUCAGGGUUCAAAGUUGUUAGAUUUUUCAUUGCAAGAACAGGAUUCAUGUUCAACUCAAUCAACCGGCCAAUCUUAUACCAGCACUGGUAGUUUUGGAGAAAAUGACCUCAACACGCGAAGCAUGUGUUUUGCACAAUCAGGUUCUAUUGCAACUCAUGGAAAACAUGAAGGUGACGAGAAUAAGUUCACCUCGUCAAUGGGAACUCAGAACUACCUCUUAGCUCCUCUACAACCUGAUUAUAACCAAGCCUUUCCUCAAUUUGCUGUCACUUUUCCUGAUCAACACUUCAGUAGUGUAAUGUCAACAUAUGGUCCGCAAGCUAUGAUGAUGGGUAUCAUGCCUUCUCGAGUUCCACUCCCUCUCGAUCUUUCUGCAACCGAACCCAUUUAUGUCAAUGCCAAGCAGUACCAUGGUAUCUUACGAAGGAGACAGCAUCGUGCUAAGCUUGAGGCUCAAAACAAACUUGCCAAGAAUCGAAAGCCAUAUCUUCAUGAAUCUCGGCAUCAACACGCACUGAAGCGGGUUAGGGGAUCCGGUGGACGGUUUCUGAACCUGAAAAAGCUCCAAGAAUCGAGGCCUGCUUCAGCGACUGAAGACCGUAAAGAUUCAGGCUCAAUUUCACUCCAUUUGUAUGCAAAAACUUCAGAAUCUGAAGUUCAUCAGCAAGAAUUCUAUAGGGAAGGCGCCUCCACGACUUCUUGCUCCGAUGUCACUAGUACCUCGACCAGUGAUGAUAUCUACCAUCCACUCGAAUUUACGUUUUCUGGCUACUCAUGUGGCUUUGGAGUAUCCGCACAAGGCGGCAGUGGCCGAGGGAACUAUUGAGAGGUGAUUUCGGUUACUUGUCAUUCCUUAAUAGGGAAGUCAUCCUUGGCUCAAUUACUUUCGGUUUUGUCUGUUAAUUUGAUUAUUAUGUAAAAAAGAGUAUGUGGGUGGAAGAAAGCAGAUAAUUGUUGUGAAUUUGAUUAUUAACUAAAUAUGAUUGUGAUUUGUGUAAAAUGAUGGUUUGAUUACUAAGUUGAUAGACCACUUUUUUUUGUCCAAUUACUAUUUAGUUUUGAGUUGUGGAUUUAUGGAAAAUUGAAAUAAAUUCAGUCCUUAGAAACUUGGUAUUGUAGCAGUAGCACUAAGCCACUAACUAGAUGUGGAAAGGUCAACAAAUCAUUUCUACCACUUUUUUAUUUAGGAAAUAUUUUAUUUUAUUUUAUUUUAACAGAAAUAAUACAAAUUUUUGCUUAUUUUUAUAAUAAUACUAAUUUUUAAUUAACUAUAAAUAAUACCAAUUUAAGGGGUGUU